AUGUCUUCUAUAGCGUCAACAUCUCGCACCCGUGAUCAUGCUCUUCAACCGCUGUCUGAUCCUGUUGCUAUCCGAUCAGAACUCGUUGCCUCGGAAGAAACCGAACUUCGUUUAUACCCUAGGGCCAACAGAAAGUCCGCAAGCGAAUACACCAUCAACAACGUGUCCACUGGCUCAACGGUGCUUUCAGUGACAGGACGAAAAUAUGGAAACAGUCCAGGCCGCGAGUUUCGUGACGCGAGCGGCCUCCCGCUUUUUGAACUUCGUCGGGCAGGAUUCUUCAUAAGGCCGUGGAAAGUCCGACUGCCUGGAGACGACUCCAAGAAUCUGGCAUCCAUAUACAUGGAGGGUCCUUCGAAAAAAAUUACUCUGAACAUUGCAGAAAAUCAAGCUCCCGCUAUCGAGGGGGCCAAGGGAGUCGACGUUGAGAAAAAGGUCACCCUGAAGGUUUUUCGAAAAACCGCUCUUUACACAUUUGACGUCUUGGUUGGGGAUCAAAAGGCCGCCCAUAUUCAGGAGAAUCCGGAGUUAAAUCGCUCUGUCGGUCACAUGAUGUACAGCCCAUAUGAUUACGUCCCACCCAGACGUAUCCUGGACAUUCGUUUGGCAGAAGGGUUGGACGCGUCAAUUGUAAGCUUGAGUAGUAACCAUAGUAGUCUCUACGGGGCUCCAGGGUUGAAGAAUUCAAAUUGCUAA